AUGCUAUCGGACUGGCGAUGCCUCUCCAAGGAAUCGCCCACAUAUCUUGGGACGAGCUUCUUGCGGUUACGCGCGCUCCUCCCCCCCAAACACAUUCAGCCCCCCACCAUCAAGGCGCUUGAGGGCUCCCGAAGGAUCAUGACGCACUUCAGUCACGCGUGCCUCAACCAUGCACCACUGGGGUUGUACCGGCUCCGGUUUUUCCCAGACGAACCCAUGGAUUGCACAUGGUGUGGGGUCGUCCAAAGCCGCCUGCACGUUUUGUGCGACUGCGUGAACUAUAAGCGGCUGCGAUGGUGGUGGUGGACAGCCGAGCAUGAGUUUCUAGUGCAGAAGGAGUCCUUCGCGGAGCUCUGCACGUUCCUGGAUGACAACCCCAGUGCGUUCUCCUUUGAGGACGCUCCACCACAGCUGGCGGACUUCAAAGCCAUCUAG